CAGCGCCCAUCACAGCCCGUGCACCACAGGGGCUUCUUUGCCGCUCCUUGGGCCUUGGAGCCAAUGCUGCCACCAAUGGAAACCAGAGCCGCCGCUGGCUACGGUACUGGGUUCGCGCCAUCCCUCGGCCCACAUGGUGCUCGCAAGGGCACUUCAACUGUUUCGUCAUCCGCCGGACCAGAUCAGAUGGACUUCAUGGCUGCCAUCCGCGAACAAGCUGUCUUUGCUUGGGCGCUCACUGGGAUCAAUGGAGUUUUGGCUGAUUAUGCCCAUGGCAAGCCAAGCGGAGAGUCCUUGCCAUCAGAGGGCCUCCCUGUGUGGUCUAGCGACCCACGUGCUCAACCAAACAACACCAAGGACCUACCUGGCCUUGGCGAUGGCCCUGGACCUCGUGGCCCUCAGAUCUUCGGCGACCCUGGGCUCGUUAGGAGCAGCAACAGUGGUAGCCACGGCAUGGGCAGCAACAGCGGAGCGAAUAGCUCUGGAAACACGCCAUAUUCUGGACCGCGCUGAACUGCCGCGCUCGAUUCUCAAUACCAACGAGACGACGAUGAAUGACGACCCGGCUUCCAACGUCGGUAUGCAUUUGCUUACUUUGCUCCAGGCUGUUGCUUUAGACAGCCUCUGCUUUGAUUUUGCUCGCUAGGCGUUCUGCCUCGAGUGUGCCACUGACGAAGCGAUGAGACGAACGCAAGAUACCACGAAAGAGAGAGUUGCUACAGCAUUUUAGCGUGUAUGAUUUGUUCGGUCACGGUAUACCACUCUGCGAAGAAGUGCGAAAUGAUGGCUGCUGGGCCAAAAAGGAAGGGCAGCUGCUCGGGCAAUUCGCUGCCGGUGCUAGAGGGAUAGUUCAAUUCCAAGAAAGCGAGAUUCUCUCCAAGAGACGUUAGACCUAUCAUUAGCAUUCAUGUUCAGUGUC